GAUACACAAAAUUCUUAACAUGGUAUCAGAGCCAGUUUCGAAACCUAAAAAAAAAAAAAAAACACUAAAGAUGGUUAACGAAAUUGAAUCAUCCAAAGGAAAGACGGUGGAAUAUGAUGUACAAAAGAAGAACCCUGUAUAUUACCUAGGUUCGAGUGAUGGAUCAGGAAAUAUCAUCACGCCAAUAAGUUUGAGAGGAAAUAAUUAUGAUGAAUGGGCUAGAGCCAUAAGAAGAUCGUUAAUAGCCAAAAGAAAAUUUGGUUUUAUUGAUGGAACAGUUACAAGACCUGAAGAUCCGGAUCAGUUAGAAGAAUGGAUAGCAGUGCAAUCAAUGCUGGUCUCAUGGAUCAGUAACACGCUGGAGUUAUCAGUGAGAUCAACUCUGGGAGAUUAUGAGGAUGCAAGUCUAUUAUGGGCACACUUGAAGAGAAGAUUUUGCGUUGUUAGUGGAACAAGAAUAUGCCAACUAAAAACAUCUUUAAGUGACUGCAAACAGAAGAAAACGGAGGAAGUUGCUAUAUAUUUUGGAAGAUUGAACAAAAUAUGGGAUGAGAUGGUGACUUAUAUGAAGAUACCCCAAUGCAAGUGUGGAAAGUGCACCUGUAAUAUUGCAUCUCAGGUAAGUUUGUUGAGAGAAGAAGAUUUAUUGCAUUAUUUUCUGAUUGGGUUAGAUUCUGUAUACAGCUCUUUGCGUGAACAAUUGAUUGCAAGAGAACCAUUGCCGUCUGUGGAUGUUGCAUAUCAAACAAUUGUGAACUCAGAACGCCUGAAAAUUGGAGAUGGAGUUGUGUCUACAGAGAUGCAAGAGAAUGUUAUGGCUUUUAAGGUGCAAUCUGAUCAACGCCUACUUAAUAGUGCUUAUGAUCCCAACAAGUACUGCAAAACUUGCAGCAGACAAGGACACUCUGAUGAUGGCUGUUUUAAGAUUAUUGGAUAUCCAGAAUGGUGGGGAGACAGACCAAAGAAUGGAAGAGGAGGAAGAACUGGAGGAAGAGGACGUACUGGAAGAGGAGGUAGAGGACAAGGAGGAAAUCCUGUUCGUGCUCAUAACCUGCAUAUUUCGGCAGCAAAGGAGAGUGCUGGUACGUCAUCAGCUGAUGGAACGGGUCUAGUAGGAGUUAAAGCAGCACAAGUUCAAGAGGUGAUGGAGUUUUUAAACUCAAGAAAGUCUGGUUCUCAUCUACAAGGACCGGUCUACGAGGAGGAUGAUUGGAGUGGCUGAGAGACAAGGUGGACUAUAUAUUUUCUGUGGUGUGCCGCAUGUUGAAGUUAUGGCUGUGCAUGAAGAUUUAUAUGAGUUGUGGCAUCAGCGUAUGGGACAUCCUUCAGAAAAAGUUUUGCAGAAAUUGCAAGGUGUGAGUAGAUUAAUUAAGAAGAAUAAUGAUGCUUGUGAUAUUUGUCCCCGGGCAAAGCAUCGUAGAAGCAGUUUUGCUAGUAGUUUGAGUAAAUCGAAUUGUAUUUUUGAUUUAGUUCAUAUAGAUUUAUGGGGUC